UUGGUGCUGUGUGGUUGGUGAAGGCGACACAAGUCCGUGUGGCGGCAAAGUUCUCGAUUCUCGAUUCUCCGUUCCCGAUUCUCCGUUCUCCACUCCAGUUUGCUCCAGUCCCCGAGUCCUGAAAAUCGCGAUAAAACCGAGGACACUCGUGCGUACGUGCGAUUGUGUGAGUGUCUCAUUUGCCAGGGUGUGUGUGUGCUUGUGUUGCAGUGAGAUGGCAAAUUAUGAAUAAAAUGUAAGCGAAAGUAAGGAGAAACAAACUAAGUCCACUGCAGUUGGGUGAAAGAAAAGAAAACUAAUCCUCCCCCAGUUGAAAUCCACGAAUUUAUUCUCAUCAGCGAGUGGAACUUUCCCAUCUCUUCCUACUUAGUUUGACAAAUUAAAAUGCAUAAAUUAUGAACGAAAGUACCGUUACGUGCGUGACAACCAAUCAUUUGUUAUUAUUAUGCACGUGGGCCAGCGCCAACAAAAACGGUGAGAGAGCGAAAGGUAAACUUGGCUAAAACACUGUCGCCCACAAAAACGCCAUCCCACUGGAGUUCUCUAAAGUUCUCUGGAAAAAUAGCGCUAAGCCAAAAACAAAAGAAAGGCAUCGCCGGCAAGGCAAUAAAUGGUCUUAGGCGAAUUUUGCUGAUAUUUCAAUUAAAUUCAGUGCGUUGGGAGACACAAAAAAUAACGAAACAGGAAACUACACCGAAAAAGGAAACGAGACUGUGAGACAAAUACAAAUAGUGGCAGGAUAUAACAUGUAAAUGUGACUGGCCAUAGAUGUCUCUGUGUGGGCGAAUGCUUAAUAGGAAAAGCAAAUAGAAACGAGCUCAUGGAAAAUAAAUAUAAAUAAGGCAACGACAGCGACAAGCAAAACAACAAGAAAAGCAAUUGGUUGACGCUUUCCCUCGUUGGCGGUCAAGGAAAAUUUAUUGCAUUGCACAAAUGAGACAUGAAGAAAACGCAAACGAAGCAAAGGCAAACAUAGAAAAGCGCGAGCAUGGACAAGAAAAAUAACCGAAAAUUCCGCAACAAAUUGAAAAACUAAAGUUUUAGCAGAAGCAACUAACAGGGAAACGCAGAGUGUAAAAAGAAAACACAGCAUGGGUCCUGCAACAAACUGUCGAUAUUCAUUAGCCUAUGGCGCCCUCAUCUUUUUGCUGCUCCAGCUAUGUUUCGAAUCCGUGGAAUGCCUGACAAUGACCGAAAUCAAAAUCCCCAAGCACAUUAUGCGCCACGAGGAUGCCGUGCUCGGCUGCAAGUUCGAUCUCGACGGGGAGUCACUGUACUCGGUCAAGUGGUACAAGGAUGGCUUCGAGUUCUACCGCUAUGUGCCCAGGGACAUGCCCCCGGGCCAGGUUUUCCCGCUUCCAGGAGUGGAUGUUGAGUUACAAAACUCGACGGACGUGGUCGUUGUCCUGCGCUCAGUUAGUCUUCAGUCAACUGGCCGAUAUCGCUGCGAAGUGUCCGGCGAGGCGCCUUCGUUUCAGACGGUUUCCGGUCACGAGGACAUGAUUGUUGUGGUGACCCCGAAGCACGGACCACAAAUCACUGGCGGACAGCCGCGGUACCAACUUGGCGACAUGGUCCGCGUGAAUUGCACUUCGGCGCCAUCCAGGCCGGUCUGCCAUCUCAGCUGGCUGAUUAACGGGAUGCACGCGAACCGCUCCCUGCUGCGACCUUAUGAACCCCUGAUUGUGGGCCGCGAGGGGCUGGAGGUCGCCCGAUUGGGCCUGGAGUUCCGGGUGAAAGGAUGACAUUUCAAGCAUGGCGACAUGAAACUAAAGUGUGUCGCCAAAAUCUCCUCCGUGUACUGGCAGAGCAACGAGGAAAGCGUGGAGAGCGACAAGCACCAGAGGAUUCCCGUGCUGGAGUCACGGGAGACGGUCAUGUCCAAGUCCCGUCAGUCCAUGGACAAGGCUCAGUCCUCGGUCGAAGACAAACAACUGAAGAAGAGCCGACGCCCUGCUGCAGCAACUUCAGCGGCCGCAGCUGCAGCAGCAGCAGCCUCGUCCAGCGCAAGUAGAGCAACGGUGGCGCCAUUUGGGGCGAUGUGGGGCUCAUCGGUGCCCUGGUCACGCAUAUUAGCUUCCAAAUCAAUUGCACGCAUUUCCCUCUACGCGCUGCCAGUCUUAAUAGCAUUUCUCUGUAGCUUCCGCCCGGCAGUUGGGCAGGGAUGUUGCUGUCAGAGGAGCACUGGCAGCCGUAGCAGCCGUGGCAGCAUCACAAGCAGCACAAGCAGCAACAUCAACAGCAGCAACACGGGAAACAGCAGCAACAUCAACAGGAGCCGCCUGUCUAGCCAAUUAAGCGAGAAGGCUGUUCAGCGUAGAUAACAAUUAACCUGGGAGCAAAUGAACAGUGGAGCCAGCCACUCGGCCUAAAACCCCAUUGAGUUCUGUGUGUAUAUAUUUCAUUUUUGUCACAUCAAGUAUACGCCGCGUGUGCGGCUCGCUUAACUAGUGUAUGUACAUAUCAGUAAAUCUACUGUACUUAUAUAUUACACAUUUAUUAGUGAAGCAUUGAAA